AUGCCUCCACCGGACGACGACUGCCACGAGCCACCCAUCGAGCACCCUCCCGUCGGCGGAGGCAGCAAGACUUUCCUCAAACCAUUCGUCAAGGGCGUUGCCAGCGCCGGCAGGAGCGUCGGCGCUGGGAUCUAUCAUGCUGGAAAGGUGGUCGAUGCCAUCACUGAUCUCACCGAACGCAUCUCGUUGCCGCGGAACGCCGCCACCCCCAACCUGUCUGCCGCAUCUCAUGCCGAAUUUGGACCGCCACUCGACUCGUCAGAAGUCGUCACUGAGGAGCGGCGUGAGAAAUCCAGGCGAUUCAGGGCCUUCAAGAAGGCAGGAAGUUCUGGCCCCGGUAAUUCGAGUGAUGCCGGUAGUGAGGGCUACAUUUCUCAGCCCGGUUUUUCGAGACUGGAUUCACUCGAGCUUUCUCGAGACGAGUUUCCACCGCUGGACAACCAUCACAUGAGGUAUUGCAACGACCAUUACAUCUUGACUCGAACCGGCUUGUUAAAAAUUUUCCGUCUUGUGGAAUCAAAUAGCCGGGUGUGUUACAGUCGAGCCCAGACAGACCAUAUCGGACUUUUCAAAUGCGACGACGAAGAGCCGGAGAUCUCGUUUGUCAACAACUCCGAUGAUGAGAUCAGGGGUCCAGCCGAUCGAAGGGACGCCGUCUAUAAUUACGAGGCCGUCUUCCCCAAAUCCAGGUCACAGACUGUCUGCAAGAUGGCAUUUGCCAAACGUCGCCAUACUAUCCAGAUCCCUCAGGAUUACAACCUCUUUCCUGUGCUUGAAGAGCAGUAUGAUUCGACCGCAAAGGAAGCCGAGAUCAAGUCUCGAGAGGUCAAGGACCGACUGGAAGGUUAUUUGGAGCAGAACAAGAUGGCGACUGAGCUGCUUUCGUUCUUGCCCGCGGACCCGCUCAUGCCCAGCCACUCGAAAACUGCUCCAGCCACUAGUAAUGAGCACCACCACCAGCGGCACCCGUCGGGGGAUGCGUUCCAUCAGCACUAUCAGCAACACCAACUGUCGGUUUCGUCCCGCGCAUUUAGCUGGGAUAAGGUUGACCCCCAGACCUGGGAGCUGUUCAAGCAGCUUACCAGCUCCGGAGAGGUCCUGCGUCAACGCCGCCACGAGGUCUCCAACAAGCGCCGGAUGAUGGAACACCACGUCGACGAGUUAACCAAGCAAGCCGGCCUGCAUCGUGCCUCCUCUUGUCGGGAUGAUCCUUCGCGUCGUCUCCCACCGAAAGACCCUGUUGCCGAGGAGCCAGAACAGCCAAACAAGCUCCUCAAGAAAGAGAAACGCAAGGCGGGCGCAAUCGUGGCCGGGGGCCAAUACGCAGAUCAGGAGCAGGACAAAGAGGAGCGGGGGGCCGAGUCGGCAGACGCGAAGCUGGUGAUCGCCAUGGCUGAGGAGGUAAUCUCGAAAAUCGAACGGGACCCGAGUCUGCAGGUGGCCGAGUUCAUCGAGUUGGUCGUUGUUGCCGGUCUUUCAAGACUCAUUACCUCCCUCGCCGCCUCCCUCGGGUCCCUUCUUCGCGCUAUCCUCCGCGCCUUGCUUCUCUUCUUCGUCAGACAGAUCCAUCGUGUCGCUCGCUAUCUCGAUCUCGACGACCAACAACUCGGCCUCAAUCAUCGUCCGCAUUCCAAUCUACUCGUCCCGCCUCAGUCCCCUCAUCCUUCCUCCUCUUCUGACCAUUCAACCUCUCCCGAAGACCCUCCUCGCCAGUAA